CUUUGCCUAUUACCAAACGGACUUUCUUUCCCAAAUAAUACCACUCCUCUUUUUCUUUUUUUUCUUUUCCCCCACUUUAAUCCAUCUCCUUGUAGGUUUCGGAUUCUUGUUUUCUCCAAAACUCUCCUUUUUCUUUCCCAACUCUUCAACGGGACAGUCGACACAGAGUCGAAUAUAUAUAACCAAGUAAAGAGAGAGAGAGAGAGAGAACUCUGGAAAUAAAUAUAACCAAGUGAAGAAGAAGAAGAAGAAGAAGAAGAGGCGAGGGUGAUAUGGACAGCAAUACUUACAGCUUGCAAGACGAUGAAGAGGAAGUGCGUCAAGGGAUGCAUCUUUGCUCCCUAUUUUGACGCCGAGAGAGGGGCGGCGCGAUUCGCGGCGGUGCACAAGCUAUUCGGUGCCAGUAACGUGUCCAAGCUGCUGCUCCAAAUCCCCAUCGACAAGCGGGUCGACGCCAUCGCUACUCUCUGCUACGAGGCUCAGGCGCGUCUCCGAGAUCCCGUCUAUGGUUGCGUCGCCCAUAUCUUCGCCCUCCAACAACAGGUGGUUAACCUACGGGCCGAGCUCUCCAUCCUGCAAACCCAGCUCGAAGCUCUGCAAGAGUUGCCGCUUCCACCUGUGCCAACGUUCCCGUCGCCGACUCCCUUCAGCUCCAUCCUGCCGACAACUUGGGGUCUUUCAGAUGUCGAGGCUCCUCUGGUGCAACCAUCACGGCAGCUGUGGACCGACGGGACACACCUACUGGCUAUCUCAGGCGGUGGUGAUGGCGUGGUGGCGAACUGCAGCUACGGGCAAGAAAAUCUGUUAACGGGUCGGCCACCAUCGAGCUCACCGUCAACUGGGGAUCUCUCCACCUUUGUCGCCCCUGAUCUGGUGCAACCGGCGAGCCUACAUCAGCAGCAGCACCAACUCUGGUCUUUCCGGACGAACCUCCCCGAUGGCAUGAACUACGAAGAGAAUUUCUUGUCAGGCACCGAUCGGCUACCACCGACCAUCCUGCCGACAACCGGGGAUCGCACAGCGAGGCAACAUGAGCCACAGCAACUCUGGGCCGACGGCACGAGCCCAUCAGACGACUCAGGCGGUGAUGAUGGAGAAUGGUGGUGGUGAACUGCAACCACUUCCCAUCUCUGUCAUGGGAAUACACACAAUUGCUCUUUUAAUUACUUCCUAUUGUUUUCGAAAACU